CCUGCCAACACAAACGGCGCAUGCGCGGCGCUCAGAGGCGGGCACAGGCAGCACAUGACGCUGGGCUCUGCCGUCCCCUUCUCUCCGCCGCCGCUUUCGGAUCGCGAGGCUCGGCCGGGCGCCCGCCAAGAGCCGCCGAACCUUCCAGACGAGGCCGCUCAAGGCAGCGCUGCGCUGCCCAGCACCGGCCCUUUUCGGCGCUCUGCCCGCCGCCCAGUUCGGCCGAGUGCCGACAGCCGCUCCCUUCGUCCCCUUUUGUUUUUUCUCUCCUCGUCCCCCCCCCAACACUCAGCGUUCCCCGCCUCGGCCGUUCCCCGCUCUCUUCACCUUUCUCUUUGGCAUGGCGAAGCGCACGGCGCCGUCCCGCCCGACUGGCUGCUGCUACGCGCCGAGUGUCUCCCCGCCAGGCGCUGCGGCCGCGCUACGCUGCGCAGGGAAACAGCCCCCCCCCAUCCCAGCAGCGCCAGCGGCGCCGCAACAGGAUCCAGCCGGAUUGGCGGCCGGGAGGCGGGGCAGGGGGCGACGGCGGUACCCGGCAGCGGGCGGGGACUGAGCCGGGCCUGCCCUCACGGCGGGGCGGGGCCUCACACCUCACCACAGCCCGCAUGGAGGUGCGAGCCGCUGGUUGGCCGGACGGCGUCACAUGGCGGUACCUGUGCCCGAUUCCCCUUCGCGCGCCUGCGCCAAGUAUGGCGGACAGCGGCGCCUGGCUGCUCGUGCUGAGCGCAGUGUUCCUCUGCAACGCGCUCAAGAUCCUGCUGCCAUCGUGCUCCUCCAUCAUAUCCAAGCUGUUGCAAAAGGAUGCAGAGCAGGAAUCCCAAAUGAGAGCUGAAAUUCAGAACAUGAAGCAAGAACUCUCAACCAUUAGUAUGAUGGAUGAGUUUGCUCGGUAUGCCCGUCUGGAAAGGAAGAUUAACAAAAUGACUGAUAAGCUUAAAACUCAUGUGAAAGCACGAACUGCCCAAUUAGCCAAAAUAAAGUGGGUUAUAAAUAUUGUAUUCUACAUCUUACAAGCUGCCCUGAUGAUCUCUCUAAUUUGGAAAUAUUAUUCUGAGCCGGUUACAAUUCUUCCAAGCAAAUGGCUUGCACCACUGGAGCGCUUGGUAGCCUUUCCUACAGGUCUGGCAGGUGGUGUUGGAAUUACAUGUUGGCUUGUGGUUUGUAAUAAAGUUGUAGCUAUCAUGCUACACCCUUUCAGCUGAAGCAAUCCCUGUAGUAUAUGGAGUCUGAACUGCGUUACUGCAGUACAAAAAACAUUUGUCUUUCACGACGGACCUGGGUGGAGACGCUUUUUGUUACUUCAGUUGGAUGUUGGGCACUAUUGCUUUUACUUUCAUCUAUUUGUUCUUUGGUUUUAUGAUCAGCAGUUUUCAAAGAGCAGCGUUGCUAUUUCUAAAACCUCAUUUUUGACACACAUGAAGAUUGAUCGGCGGCAGAACCUUAAGUCUUUGUCAUGACAUAUUCACAAAGGUCUUAAAGCGUUCUCUUUUUCCAGCUGCUAGGUUGGAAGCGCACUGGCAUUAGUAAUUAUUUUUUGGAGCUUCUUUACUGUAUAGUCUGGCAUUUUCACCCAAAGAAAUGAUUCCACUUGGUGACAAGUGGUAUUAAAAUAGGUAGGUUGGUUGUUUUAGAGUAAAACAAUUCUUUUUUUUAACUACAGAUUGGCUUAUUCUCAGACUACCUUAGAAUAUAUUAAUGAUAUCUAUAUGCAGAAUCAACUUCUUACAUUCUUAAUUGCCAAAUGCAGGUCAGCUGGCCACUUCAACACUUCUUUUAAAUUCCUCAUGGAAUAAAAUUCUUUAAAAUUCCUUGUGAAAUUAUUGAACACUAGAUAUUUUCUUUUCUAUUUCCCCCCUACUUUUACUGAUAACCUACCUUUCUUUCCUUGAUGUAUUUUCUACUUCCCCAGUUGAGCAAAUUGGGAGUAUUAUUUCCUUUGAGGGGAAAAAAAAGGUCCAACCAACCUUUCCAAGCUUCAUGUUAGGAAAGUAGAAGACAGCCCCAUUUCUGCAGAAAGCCCCAUCCCUAGAGCUUCAGCAUACAUUCAUGAUAGUCAUUCUUCCUAGUACCACAGCUAUACAGCAACAAUAAGGCUUUGUUAUCUUCUGUUCUAUCCGCAGCCCUACCGUUGCUGUCCCAGCAGACAAAGCAGUGGCUUUUAAAAGUCCUGUAAUACCUCCUUGGAUAUAAUCUUGAACAAAGCUUUUGCAGACUUUGGCUUAGCUCAUGCUCCAUACAUUAUUGUGUUGUUUCAGGUCCUUUGCCUUGCAGCAGGAGGGGGCUGGAGUACUGCCAUAUAAUUAGCACUGCCUUUAGAAUUAAUUCACAAAAUGAUGAUGCGUUUUCUGCAUGUCUGAAUGUAUUUAUUCAUUAAAUGUUUUUUUUCUUAAAUGUUAUUUAAAAACUAUGUUGUUUUUAUAUUAGGGAAUGCAUUUAGCCAACAGUAAAGUGAAGGCAUUAAAUAUCAACAAGAAAAAAAAUCAAGAUUGAA